GGAGAAACCCUUCUCCAGGCGUCGAGAUAGGGCACUUGCAGGCCAGCGCCAUGUUGGAUUGAAACCGAGGCUACGGGGGCCGGGCCAGGCGGCGGUUUCCCUCCCCGCAACGGUUCUUCGGUUCAGACGAGCUGCCGAGGUGGCGCCGGACGGACCUGGGGGGGGGGAGAUGGCUGGCCCCGGGGGCGGCGACGAGGACAGCCUGCCGUGUGCUGCGCCCGCCCCCCUUCCGGCCCCUCCGGUCCAGCCCCUGAUCCCUGACCCCGCCGUGGUGCUCACCCCGGACCGGGAGGGCGGCGGCGGGGGAAUCCUUCGGCGCCGUGGCCCGGGCAAUAUCCGCCGGCGGCAAGUGCGUUUCCGGCUGGACUCUGGUUCUCAUGAGGUUGGAGGCGGCCACCUGGACCUGCUGGGGCGAGUGGAGGAGACCCAGGGUGCUUCCACCAGCUCCCUUGCCCCCAGCCUGCUGACGAGGGAGCCCUGUGGCAGCUUGGCAGAAGAUGGGCACCUCAACCAACCCUCUGGGCUGAGCACCCCCAUUCUCCACAGCAGCAUCGCCUUGGGGGCGGAGGUGCAGGCCGCCCGGGAGCAGGACUUCGAUGCCCGGCGGGCAGCCAGGGAACUCCUCCAGCAUUCCUUUCCCACCCGCUGCGCAGUAGAAGCUCGAGUAGGAGAAAGCAUGAACAUCCCUCGGGAACAGCAGCUCUACCAAGGACUGGUCAGCCUGCAGGUGCCCAAAGAGGAAUUGCUGAGCUCCGCGAUGAAGGAGAAGCUGGUGCUUGUUGGGCCCCGGCCGGAAGGCCAAAAGGAGCUGGCCUCUGAGGGCCCAGACCUGAUGGCCUUCUACGACCCAGAAGAGCUGUUCACAGAGACCGCUUUCCUGGAGGUGGAGGGGCUGCCCCCCUUGGAGCAGAAGCCGCGCGCCCGAGAUCCAGCCGCCACCUUUCUGAUGUACCGGAAGCUGCGCCAGUGGAACAGCUGAGGGGAGAGGCAGGAGCAGGGCCUGCUGCUUUCACUGUCCAGGGGACCCAGAGACUGCCUGGCACCUAGCGCAGCAAUAGGACUGUUUGUUCACAGAGGACUCCCAUCAUGCUCUCCACACACACAGACUUUUUUAUACAUAAACACAAUU